AUGGUAGCAUCAGUGGUUCAAGUGCAGUGGGUAGCAAUAAUUCCAAAUGAAGGGUUGGAGGCGUACAGGCUUAAGAAUCUCAGGGGCAUGAUCAGGCAUCAUGAUAUCUUCUUUGACGAUACCGGUAGACUACCUUCACUUUUCAUUGAGCAAUUAGUGUUUGGUAGUCGGACCAGUAACUAUCUGUUAAAAAGGAAUAGACACGAGAAAGUGUUAGAGAGGAAUAAGCAAAUUUCAGCCGAACCUCACUUGACCGAUGAUGAGAAAGUUCCACUGGCUGGGAGGAAUAACAACGGGGCUUUUCGGGUGACAGAGGGGGAGAGAAAAAAUAGAGAGCAAGAGAUGAUUGAUGGAGAUGAGUUGCGUGAGAUAGAUGAGAUGAUUGAGAGAUAUCCUGAAACAGGUGGCUGGGCAGCUGCUGGCUGUUGUUGGUGGCGGCUGUUUAGCGGCACAGAGAGAGAAUAGAUGUGGCUGUUGAAUGCAGAAUGCAGUUGGACGGGGCAGCUUCACAAAAGAGGGCAUAAAGAUAUGAGGGCG